GCAGACAGUCACAGAGUUAGUAAACAUCGCUCCUCAUGGUGCCUCAGCAGAGACACUGAAGGGGAAGGCAGGGCGCGGAGCGCGGCUUAAUACUAGCAAGUAGAGGAGGUGUGAGGGAGCGAGCACGCACCAUGGCGGGCGACAUGCUGUUGCUGAUGAGGGGUUUGGCCAAGCUGAGCCAGGCGGUGAUCGAGACCCAGUCCAGCACGCUGCGAAGUGGAGUGUCUGUGGCCCAGAACAUGCAGAUGACUGCAGAACAGGGCAUGAGCGUAGCCAUGCAGAAGAUACAGGAGUUUACGGGUCAGCAGCAGAGUGUGACGGACUUCAGUGAAGAAAUGGACAAUAAGUAUGAUUUUUCCGGCAAAGAGGACAGCUUUGAGGGUACGGAGCACAGAGGCUCGGCCGACGAUGCUUUCAGGGACGCUAACGUGGGCGUGGCCGGGGCGAACAGCCAGCCUACAGGCAAAUCUAAGCUUUUUGAGGGCUACAAGGACCCUACUAAGCAGUUCACCGGAACUCGAUACUAUCACCAAGACCACUCGUCUGUGGGUGGUCUCACGGCUGAGGACAUUGACAAAGCCAGAGAGGCCAAGCGGAGUGGCACCAAACCCCAUAAACAAAUGCUAAGCGAAAGAGCGAGGGAGCGGAAGGUUCCUGUAACGCGGCUGGGAAGACUGGCAAACUUUGGAGGCCUCGCGGUGGGUCUCGGCAUCGGCGCAUUAGCUGAAGUAGCCAAGAAAAGCCUUCGUCCAGAGGAAAAGAACGGAGAUAAGAAAGCCGUCCUAGACUCCAGCCCCUUCUUGUCCGAAGCCAACGCGGAACGCAUCGUCAGGACGCUGUGCAAAGUGCGUGGCGCAGCCCUCAAACUAGGCCAGAUGCUCAGCAUUCAGGACGACGCCUUCAUCAACCCUCAGCUAGCUAAGAUUUUUGAGCGGGUUCGUCAGAGCGCCGACUUCAUGCCCAUCAAACAGAUGACGAAAGCUUUGAACAACGACCUGGGCCCCAACUGGAGGGACAAACUGGAGAUGUUUGAGGAGAGGCCUUUUGCUGCUGCCUCCAUUGGCCAGGUGCAUUUGGCCAGGAUGAAGGAUGGUCGAGAAGUUGCCAUGAAGAUACAGUACCCUGGAGUUGCACAGAGUAUCAACAGUGAUGUAAACAACCUGAUGGCUGUCCUUAGUAUGAGCAAUGCCCUGCCUGAAGGUCUGUUUCCAGAGCACUUGAUAGACGUGAUGCGGCGCGAGUUGGCUCUGGAGUGCGACUAUAUAAGGGAAGCCAAGUGCGCUCGCAAAUUCAAGGAGCUUCUGAAAGGCCACCCUUUCUUCUACGUGCCUGACGUGAUUGAUGAGCUGAGCAGCAGGCACGUCCUCACAACCGAGCUGGUCUCCGGCUUCCCCCUGGACAAGGCCGAAAGCCUCACUCAGGAUCUUAAAAACGAGAUCUGUGAGAACAUCCUGACUCUGUGCUUAAGAGAGCUCUUUGAGUUUCGCUUCAUGCAGACAGACCCCAACUGGUCCAACUUCUUCUACGACCCCCAAACCCACAAGGUUGCAUUGUUGGACUUUGGCGCAACACGAGGCUUUGAUGAGAGUUUCACAGAUCUUUAUAUAGAGAUCAUCAAGGCAGCGGCCGAUGGAAACAGAGAGGCAGUGUUGAAGCGCUCUAUAGAGAUGAAGUUCCUCACAGGUUAUGAAACCAAGACUAUGGAGAACGCCCAUGUGGACGCGGUGAUGAUCCUGGGCGAGGCUUUCGCCUCGGGAGAGCCCUUCGACUUCGGCGCUCAGAGCACCACCGAGCGCAUCCACAACCUAAUCCCGGUGAUGCUGAAGCAGCGGCUGACUCCGCCUCCCGAGGAGACCUACUCUCUGCAUCGCAAGAUGGGCGGCUCGUUCCUCAUCUGCUCGCGUCUCAACGCCAAGCUGUGCUGCAAGAACAUGUUCCAGCAGGCUUACAGCAACUACUGGAACGAACGGCAGAAGUCGCCGAGCCAGUGAUCGACAUCCAUCGUCUGGCCGGUAGCGACGCAGCUUGUCGGGAGUAGGGCGGGGCAGAAACCCAGGCUUCUUGUGACUCGGCUCAAGAAUGUAAAAACAACAGCACUUUCUUCCCGACCCCUACCUGCCCAAGCCGAAAUCAUAAACUUGACGUUUUUGGUUUGGUUUCGCUUUACGGGGUACAUUAUCCAUUGAUCGUGUGGCUUUUAUGCUUUCGACAGCAUUUGUCAGGUUGUCCUUCAGGUGGAGGCAGUGAGGCUGUAUAACGUGCCAGGGAAACUAACCAUCUUAGCUCUUUGCUCCUCGUGAUGGGGAUGUUUUGCUGAACGGGAGGAAAUAAAAUAUGUUGAUAAGAGUUUAGCUGCAAACUUGAUAACACUGCCAGCAGGCCACGCUUGCAGCUUGUUGGAUCACUUUUGACUUGUAGUUUAGCUACAGAACGUUUCGUUUGAAUAAGUAUGUUUUUUUUUUUUGUGUGUUUCACAUAUGAUAACCGCACAAAAAUGUAGGCUCAUCCAGGCCUAAGUUGUAUAAAGGGAGAAAUUUGUGUAGAAUAUUACCGCCAAUCCCUUUUUAGGUGUUUCUUCACCAUCGUUUGAGAGAUGCUUGUGUCAGCACAGAUUUGGCCAAGCCAGAAAGUCUAUUUUUGUACCCUUGAGGAACUGCAGAGGGCCAGCUUUCCAUAACUUUCCAUACAUUUGUCUAUAUAUGUGUAAUAAAACUACUCGGCCGUGGACAGUGAAGUCACCAAAACCCUGAGACAGUGUUGGUGGAAUGGUGACCACGUUGUCCAGCAUUAUUAGAUCUAUAUUGCAGAAUUUGCAUGCAUUAACUGAAAACACCAUCACUAAAAAAAAAAAAAACCUGCUCCUAAUUUCUGUUCUGUCUAUUUUCAUUUUUAAGUCCUGGUACAUUUUGGAACAGCAGAUUAUUAUUAGCAAUGGCAACUUUUAUGAUGUGUGAAUGUAUGUGUGAUUAAACAUGUGCCUAUAGUAAUUCUAGGAGUCCUAGAACAGAGCAUUAAUCAGUCUUGCAACAACCUAAUAUCAGAACUUUUUGGGGGAGACAGUUUUUAAUAUUCCUAUCAAAGUUAUUACCAAAAGCUGUGAUGAUCCUGGAAAUAAACUUUUUUUG